AUGAAUGUUAUAGAAUUGAAUAUUUUGUUUCUUUUUUUAGCUUGUUCAUUGCCAGUAUUUCUGAAUGAAACAUCCUUGGACAAUGGAACUAGAAGUGUUGAAUAUGAAGAUUCAUUUGAGCUCGAGUGCAGUGCUGAAGGUUUGCCUCAGCCAAGUAUUAUCUGGUAUUAUAACGAUAAAGAAAUUACUGAACUCCUUGAAACGGGAACUAUUGACCAUGGAAGAAUAAGCUUGACUGAAGGGAACAAGACGUUGAAAUUCGUGCAUGCAACAGAAGCGGAGAAUGGUAACUACAGUUGCAAGGCAAUUAACCGGUUGGGAUCUGUAUGGGCUCACAGCAUUAUCAUUGUAGCUUCACCUAAAGUGAACAGACUCUGGCCAUGGGUGAUUGUUUUUACGAUAUUCAUCAUAUUCUUCCUGAGUGUCAUAAUAAUAAUCCUCUACCAGAGAGUCAAGCAUGAGAGAGCAUUGCUGAGAGAAUUGACGAAAACUGUUUUGGAAACAUUUGAUGAUGGCGCGGAGGGCGAUCUCAACCCAGAACUGGGCAUUGUUGAACAGGCAGAUCUCUUGCCUUACAAGAAGCAGUAUGAAUUUCCACGAGAAAAUUUGAGAUUAGGGAAACAGCUUGGCUCAGGAGCUUUUGGUGUUGUCCUGAAAGGUGAAGCGAAUGGCAUCUUGAAAGACAACGAGGUAACAGCAGUUGCAGUGAAAAUGCUGAAGCAGAAUGUCGAUGUGUCACACAUCAAAGCUUUGACAACAGAACUCAAAGUGAUGAUACAUCUUGGCAAACAUUUGAAUGUUGUCAAUCUGCUUGGAGCUUGCACAAGGAAUCUGAAUAAUAGGGAACUUUUGGUUAUUGUAGAGUACUGUAGAUAUGGGAAUAUGCAUGACUAUCUUAGAAGAAAUAGGAACAACUUCAUAAAUCAAAUCAAUCCAAAAACUGGAUUGUUUGACUCAAAUCUCAUUGGCACAAGAAUCACUGAAAGCGAAAGAAGAAGGCUGUUUCCGACUCAGUCUACAUCGAGCUACACUGGAGCGACACAUUCAGAUAGCUCGGUAACUUUCUAUUCGAAUUGCACUAUCAUGACAGACCUCUACUCGAAUCAACAAGCUCCCAGCUCUAGACUGGUCCAUAAUUACAAAAACCUCGCCAUUGAUCCACUGGAUGAAGAAGAUGACUACAUUGUCAGCAAAGAUUUGCUGCCCGCUUUGAAGCCACAAAGCAAGGGAGAGCAUGAAUUUUGCACCGAAGAUCUGCUAUGUUGGAGUUUCCAAACUGCAUGUGGAAUGGAGUAUUUGGCCAGUCGCAAGGUGCUGCAUGGUGAUCUAGCAGCAAGGAAUAUACUUCUGGCUGAAAAUAACAUCAUCAAGAUUUGCGACUUUGGAAUGUCAAAGAACAUGCAUUACGAAGAUAACUAUUGUAAAAAAGGCAAGCAACUUCUACCCGUGAAAUGGCUUUCAAUUGAAGCUAUGCGAGAUAGGGAAUUUUCUGUGUACUCAGACAUUUGGUCGUUUGGAGUUGUCCUGUGGGAGUUUUUCUCUCUUGCCAGAACACCGUAUCCUGGUCUUGAAGGUGUUCAGGAGCUCUACAAGAAGUUGGAGAGUGGCUAUAGGAUGGAACGACCUGUUUUCGCUCCCGAUAUAGUGUACAGGAUCAUGCUAGAGUGUUGGAGCGAGGAUCCUAAGAGGCGACCUCCAUUUAGCGACCUUACUGCAAGAUUGGGUUACAUGAUUGACAGAGAUGUUCAGAAGUAUUUCCUUGACCUAAGUGAACAAAUGGCAAAAUCUAACGAAGAAGAUGAAGAUGAAGGUGCUUGUCUCAUACAACCUCUCAAUAUGGAAUAUCAAAAUCUAAUCAAGAAAGAUAUUGAAAGUUCCAAAGAUAAAAAACAGACCAAAGAUAAGAAAACAGUGAAAGAGGUUGAAUUGUUAGAGUUGAAACCAGCACCUCAAAAUGGAGUUGACCCAAAAUCUGACCAAUGUGGAUUCUCAAACCAGACAUACGGUAAUGUGGAUCUGGAAAGAAAUGUUCGCACUGAGGAAAUUCUGCUUGUUUAGGCCAAGUGAAUUAAUUUAUAUUAUGUACAGUAAAAUUUGCAUCAGUCAAAUCGAAGGACCCAAGCUGUAGGAUCUAAGUGGAUUGCAGUCCACCUUCAGUUCAACAAGAUCAACACAAAUUCAUCAGAAAAUAUAGAUCUUUGUUCUAUACAAAAAUAAAACUUUUUAUUAUCA